UGUAGUAUAUAAAAGGAUGAAGUGAGAGUUGGGUGUUUACUUAUAUAGUUUAUGAGUCUUUUGAAGAUGAACUGAACUAAAGCUAAGCCUUCAAAUUAUAUUAUUCUCUAAAGUACCCAACAACUAGUAGUAACCGUAUGGCUGCCUCUGCUGCUGAAGAAACCGGCCUCGAUGACUAUACCAAAGAUGGAACUGUUGAUCUCAAAGGCAACCCCGUCCUCCGCUCCCAACGAGGCCGUUGGAAAGCAUGCUCCUUCAUCGUUGUAUACGAAGUGUUUGAACGGAUGGCAUAUUAUGGGAUAUCGACGAAUUUAAUUAUAUACUUAACGAAGAAGUUGCAUCAAGGAACCGUCACGUCGGCCAACAAUGUCACCAAUUGGUCUGGAACAGUUUGGAUUAUGCCGAUCUUGGGAGCGUACGUUGCCGAUGCUCAUCUCGGCCGUUACCGGACUUUUCUCGUCGCCUCGGCCAUCUGCCUUACGGGAAUGGGAAUUCUAACACUAGCAGUAUCAUUGCCAAGUCUAAAACCACCACCAUGUUCAGACGUGAACAAAGAAAACUGCAAGGAAGCCUCGACGUUACAGCUUGCAGUGUUCUUUGGCGCCCUCUACAUGCUAGCGCUUGGGACCGGGGGCACAAAGCCAAACAUAUCGACAAUGGGAGCGGACCAGUUCGACGACUUCCAUCCGAAAGAGAAGGCCCAAAAGUUGUCAUUCUUCAAUUGGUGGAUGUUCAGCAUAUUCUUUGGGACUCUAUUUGCCACCACAAUUUUGGUUUACAUUCAAGACAAUGUGGGAUGGAGCUUGGGGUAUGGACUUCCAACAAUUGGCCUUGCCAUUUCAAUUGUGAUAUUUCUUGCUGGGACGCCAUUUUAUAGGCACAAGAUACCUAAUGGAAGCCCUUUCACUACAAUGGUUAGUGUCAUUGUUGGUGCUAUUAGGAAUUGGAGGAUUCCUGUUCCUAAUGAUCCUAAAGAACUUCAUGAACUUGAGUUUGAAGAAUAUUCCAAGCAAGGAACUUUUAGGAUUGAUUCCACUUCAUCCUUUAGGUUCUUGAACAAGGCUGCUGUAAGAAGAGGUUCGUGGAAGUUAUGCACAGUGACCCAAGUGGAAGAAACAAAACAAAUACUAAAAAUGAUACCAAUUCUAAUAUGCACAUUCAUCCCAAGCACAAUGUUGGCUCAAACACACACCCUUUUCAUAAAACAAGGCACCACUUUGGACAGAAGUGUUGGUAGCCACUUCAAAAUCCCUGCUGCAAGUUUAGCUUCUUUUGUCACCAUCUCCAUGCUCGUCAGUGUUGUCAUCUAUGACAGGGUAUUUGUGAAGGUAAUGCAGAGAAUAACAAAAAAUCCAAGAGGAAUCACACUACUACAAAGAAUGGGAAUUGGAAUGAUUCUCCACAUCUUAAUAAUGACAAUUGCAUCAAGAAUUGAAACUCAUAGACUUAAAGUAGCUAGAGAAAAUGGAUCACCACAAGUUCUUCCCUUAACCAUCUUCACACUCCUCCCACAAUUCAUGCUCAUGGGAACAGCAGAUGCUUUCAUGGAAGUAGCAAAGAUUGAGUUUUUCUAUGACCAAGCUCCCGAAACAAUGAAGAGCUUAGGCACUUCAUUCUCAAUGACUUCUCUUGGCAUUGGGAAUUUCCUUAGUACUUUCCUUCUUUCAACAGUUUCUCACAUCACUAUCAAAAAUGGGAAUGGAUGGAUUCUCAACAACCUCAAUUCUUCUCAUCUUGAUUACUACUAUGCCUUAAUUGCUGUUCUUAGUACCAUCAAUUUCUUUGUUUUCUUGAUCAUCUCCAAACUCUAUGUCUAUAAAGCCGAAGUUUCUACUUCCAUUAAGGUUCUUGCCGAUGAACUCAAGGACAAGAAAUUUAAGGGUUGAAUGAAUCGCCAUUGUUCUUACUGACCACCAUUAUGUUUUUGACGAUCAACAAAGAUGAAUAUAGAUGUCAAAGUUUUAAUGGUGGUCAGUAAGAAGAUAAGUACAAGCGAAUUAGGUAAGUAUUUCUUACUAUAUAUAUAUAUAUAGACAUAUAUAUGUAUACUUAGGAAGCUUUACUUUUGUUGUGUUUUGACAUAUGUAUGUAGUAUUUUUCUUUUUCCAUUCACUAAAUAUUCUAAGGGUGUGUUGUAACAUUGCUUUUAGAUAUAAAAGAAAAGGAAAAGAAUAAAAUUUGGAAUUUGAUUUUAUCAUA